GCUAUCCACUUAAGUUGUUUUGUAAUGUAGUAUAUAAUACAAACUUUUGAAGUCAUCUUUGAAUUAAUUGUUCGUUUGAAAUUAUGAUUGCGACAGUGCAAACAAAAAGAUACUUUAUAAUAAUUAUGUGCAGCUAGGAUAGUUUAAAGCGUAAAUAUUGGGUUUUUCCAAAUGAGAAGGUUGAAGUUGGUACUGCUCAGGAUGAUGCAAGGAAAAUGGGCUUACUUUUUCAUCAUUCUUAUUGUAGCUUUAAUAACAAUUUUUGCUUUUUAUACUCAUAUACGAUCCGAUAUUGCACGUUUAGAUGAUGCUAGGAAGAAACUAGCUAUUACUGUAGCAGAACUUCAGUUGCAUAAUGGAAAGGAACAAAAUUCUAAAAUAAUAACAAAUCCCAUGAUGUCAAUGUUACAGGAAGAUUAUAGUGUUUCAAAUUCCAUGGAGAAUGCAGUUAUUAUUUAUAAUCGUGUGCCAAAAACUGGAAGCACAAGUUUUAUGGGGAUUGCGUAUGAUCUUUGCAAUCGUAAUAAGUUUCAUGUUCUUCAUAUAAAUACCACCAAAAAUUCUCAUGUUCUUUCCCUUUCAGAUCAGGCAAGAAUUGUACAAAAUAUAACAUCUUGGAGGUUAAAAAAGCCUGCUAUAUAUCAUGGACAUAUGGCAUUUUUAGACUUUCAGAGAUUUGGUAUUAAAGAGCAACCAAUUUAUAUAAAUCUUAUUAGAAAACCUUUAGAUCGAUUUAUUUCUUAUUACUAUUUUCUACGCUAUGGAGAUAAUUUCCGACCUCAUGUUGUUCGAAGACGCCAAGGAAAUAAAAUGACAUUUGAUGAAUGUGUGGAAAAACAAGAGAAAGAGUGCAAUCCUGAAAAUUUAUGGCUCCAAAUUCCAUUUUUCUGUGGCCAUGCAUCAGAAUGUUGGCUUCCAGGUAGUGAAUGGGCUUUGUCUCAAGCCAAACAGAAUUUGAUUGAACAUUAUUUAUUAGUUGGAGUAACAGAAGAAAUUCAAGAUUUUAUUUCUCUUCUUGAAGUAACACUUCCUAGAUUUUUUAAAGGUGCUACAACACUUUAUAAUGAAGGUAAAAAAUCUCAUUUGAGAAAAACUUUUAAUAAAAUGGAUCCAUUACCUGAAACUGUAACAAAGAUUCAACAAACAAAAAUUUGGCAAAUGGAAAAUGACUUUUAUGAUUUUGCUCUUCAACAAUUCCAUUUUAUUAGAAAAAGGACAUUAACAAUAAAAAAUGGGGUUGUGAGUGAUAAAGGGCAGCAGUUUAUGUAUGAAAAAGUUCGACCCAGGUGAUUUUUGUUAUGUUUGUAUUUUUUACAAGAAUUUAAUAAUCAACUUAAAGCACUUUAAGAAAAAAUAAUGGAGUAUAUAAAUAUAUACAGAUUUAGCACAAAAAUUAUAUGAUGUUUCUCAUUAAAAAUUAAAAAGUUUAUACAAAUUAUCAAAAAUAUUAUAAUGUUUAUCUUCCUUUUACAUGUAAUAGCUGUGAUGAUUUUUUUUUUAAAUUUAUUUCUUUCGUAUAAGGGAAAUUUUUGCCAUCUAAAAGUAGAACUUGAUAUUCUGGUUAGAGUAUUACUGUUCUAGAAAAUAUCUAGAGUAUGAAUGAUUAUAAAUCUUUAUCAGUCAUUUUAACAAAUAAAUGGCCAGUAAUAAUUUUUUAAAUUUCUUUUUACUUAUUUUUGGUAAAUAAGUUAUAAAUUGUUUAUCCAUUACAGUUUUCAGGUAGAAUUCAUUUAACAAGAAAAUAAGUUAAACUAUUGCAUUUAUACAAAAUUCUAUAAAAAUCAAACAAAGUGUGUUUUUUAUCAGCUGACUUGUAUGAUUACUGAACAUUGAUAUUGUGUAUUAUUUUAAUUAUGUUAGAUUCAACAGAGCCAGAAUGAUUUUAUGAUGAUUUAUCAGAUUCCAAUAUAAAUUUGACAAAUCAUCAUGAAUUUGAAAAGCAUCAUGAUAUAGGAUACAACAAAACUCAAGUUUUGUUGAUUAACUACUGCAACAUAUUCUAUGUUGUUGUAAUUAAUCAACAAAAGUAUACAGUAGUAAUUAAUCAACUAAAACUUGUUAUAAGAAUGCAAUAGUUAUUCAUAGAUUUGACUAAUAUACAAGAAAUGUAGGUUAUAAUGAGACUAACCUGAAAUGAAAGUAAAAGCUUGUAAUGUAACAAUAAACUUAGUAUACUUUAUUAACAUUUUUUUUAUUCAUAAUAGUACAUUCCAUAAAUGAUUUUAUCCAUACUUUUUACAAAAUAUAUGGAAUAAUAAAAGAAAACUAGUUAAACAGAAAUUUGGAAAAUUUUUCUUUAAAUAGAUUUAUAUUUGAAUGCAAGAAUUUCACUUUUGUACUAAAUGGUACUAUCUGAAAAUCUUGUAAUGAAAAGAUAAAAAUAUUUUAUUAAGUAACAAUGCAUAUAAUGUUUUAAUAAAUUAAAAUUUAUUUUUAUGUGCUUGUUUUAAGCUAUUAUAUU